GGCGCGUAUUGCGAUACGCGCGUAUCGGGCGUAUUAAAUUUCGACCAAUGACAGACGAUCCGCCGUUUUUGAUACGUUGACGAUCCGCGGAAAUUCAUAAUCGAGCGGAUCGCACACAUAUAUAUGCACAGUCGUAUAAUGUUACAUGGCGUGUGCACUGGGCGGUGUAUAUAAUUUACUUCUUUUUACUAUAACCUCUUCAGAUUUAUGAGUACUACGCGUGGUACUCCUUCUUGUCACUUUUUGGGAGCUUUCCAGCUAGUCAACACAAUUAAACACAGUGUCAAACACUAGAACACUGUGUAAAGCUGUUUGUUGGAACGCUAUUUAAUUUUCAAUAUCACCAGUAGAUAGCGCUUUAAACGUUAAAUAUAAUAUGUUUCCUUUCAUAGUUUUUAUAAAAUUAAAAACUUAUGUGACAUGUACCUAUUUGCUCGAAAAAAUUGUGUAUUAAUAAUAUUUAAUUAAUAUUAAUUAUAAAAAUGAACAACGACAAAAGAUUAAUUUUGCAAUUAAUGGAAGGAGUCAAUUAUUCAAUUUGCACCGAUUCCUCAAGUACCACAUUGGAUGAAUUAAAUAGUAGCAGUAGUAGUAGUACAGAUAAUAUUAUCAAUUCAUCAAGUGAUGAUGAUGAUUUGUUAUUGUUUCCGCUAAUGAAAUUUUUGACGAGUGGUAAAAAAAGACAACGUAUUGAAAAUUAUCUUGAAAUUAUAGACUCUUUGUCGGAUCAAGAAUUUAAAGAACACUUAAGAAUAAAUCGACGUACUGCAUUAACGUUAAUUGAUGAAUUGGAAUUAUCGGGUUACAUUCCAUCCCAUUCUUUUGGAAUACGACCACUUUCUGCAAAAUUGAGUUUUAUUUUAUUUUUAUGGUAUAUUGCAAAUACAGAACCUUUGCGAACUUUAUCGGAUAGAUUUGAUAUUUCAAUUUCAUCUGUAUUCCGAGUUUUGCGACGAAUUACAAAGUGGUUUCUGAGUAAAUUAGAUACGAUUAUUAAAUGGCCACAAGAACAAAAUGUUAAAAUUGUAUGUGACAAAUUUUUUAUCAAACAAGGAGUACCAAAUGUUUUAGGGGCAAUUGACGGCACUCACAUUAGAAUAGAAAAACCGUCAAUUAAUGCACGUGAUUAUAUAAAUCGAAAAAAAUAUUUUUCAAUCUGCUUACAAGCUGUUGUAGAUUCUGAUAUGCGAAUUACAAAUAUAUAUUGUGGCGAACCUGGUUCUCUUCAUGAUUCACGUGUUCUUAGAAGAUCUCCUUUAUAUGAAGCAGCAUCUGUUAAUCAAGCAAUGUUAUUUCCUAAUCAAACAUUUAUAUUAGGUGAUUCGGCAUAUCCCUCUUUACCAUGGCUUGUUUCACCGUAUAAAGAUAACGGUCAUUUAUCUCCUCAACAAGUAGAAUUUAAUUACAUGAUUUCGUCAACACGGAUUUCAGUUGAGAGAGCAUUUGGUCAAUUAAAAGGGCGUUUUAGACGUAUUAAAUUUUUUAAUGAAUACCGUACAUUACCUUUUAUUAUUAAUACAGUAGUAGCAGCUUGUAUUUUACACAAUUAUUGCAUCAAUGAAAAUGAUACAUAUGAUUUUCCUGAAUAUUAUGAUGAAAAUAUAAAUAACAUUUUAAAUAAUAAUGGAAUAAUUGAAGAAAAUAUUCCAGGAGAUCGUAGAACUCAAUUAUUCAAUGAAAUUUUUCCUUGUUAAGAAAAAUAUAAGACUUACAUGUACAAAAUAUUUUACUUUUAAUAAAAUAAAAUGACUUAUAUGAAUUAUGACUUAUUUUUGUAUUAGAUUCCACAUGUUGAUUAAUUUUAAUUUCAGUUUACAUUUUAUUUUCUUUUAUUUUAAGAAUUAAAAAAAAGCAAGUUAAACAGAGAUUAAAGUUAAGCAAAUCUAAACCUUUGCGAACUUUAUUGGAUAGGUUUGAUAUUUCAAUUUUAUUUUAUAGUUUUUAUUAAAUACUUUAAAAAAACAUUUUUUACAUUUUUUAAACGAGAAUAAAA